AUGGACCCCGCGGGGCCGCGCGUGGUCACGGAUCCCGCCGGAUCGGGGGCCGCGCCGCCGCGCGAGGAAUUGGACGGGAGAGGAGGAGGAGGAGCGUGCAGCGGCGCCGCAGCGGCGGAGGGGAGCGCGUCGCGGCUGGCGGGCGCUGGACUGGGAGAUCCGAGGGCUGGAUUUCUGGAAUCUUUGGGUCAAGCUGAAGCAUAUUUGCACCCAUAUACCAUGGAUGUUCCUCAGUUGACUGCUGAAGGUGCCACACAAUGUGGAGAUAGAGUGUCUUUAUUGCCCCAGACUGGGGCACUUCAGUCAGAAACUCCUUGUCUGACCUUGGGUCGUGAUUCCAAUGCAGCAUUAAUGGAGAAGUUGCAUGGUAAUGAGUCCUUGCCAUGUGGUAAGGAGAACAUCGGAACAGAUCUCCAACCUAAACCUGAUCCGGAACAUGUUGAUAAUAAGAUGAGUGUUGCACGUCUUGGGUUGGACCUUAACACAGUAGAUAGUUCUGAUGCAGCAGAUCUUAACCCUUUCUUCCCUUACAAGAAGCUGGGGCAGUCGAAAGUCAGUGAUCCAUCAGAAUGUGGCAGCACUACUGGUGCUACAGAAGAAAGCGAAUCACACAGAAAGUGGAGAGAAAUGAAGCAGAAUGGCUUUCUUUCUUCAUCUCAUGGAAGUGCAAUGGUGCCUAGGCCACAUGGUCGAGCCUCAAAAAGGAAAAGGGAUGAUGAAUUCAAAAAGAGCACUUCUACACAGCAUGGCCAGGCUAACAAGUCUAUGAAGGUUGCUGCUCCUAGUGGCCUAUUAUCUGGGCUAAACCCUGGAAUCAUUAACCAUGUGAGAAAUAGCAAGCAGGAUGGUGAUAGUCUCAAACUGCAACUCUCAUCAGCAGUCACUAUGUUUUCAGAUAGGACCUGCAGUACAUCAGCUGAUGAUCCAGCAUCUAAUCAUGAUUACAUGACUGUACUGUCAGUAAAAGCGGCCAGUGUUGCUUCUCAGUGGUUGGAAUUACUGCAUCAAGACAUCAGGGGGCGCCUUGCUGCUUUAAAGCGCAGCAGGAAGAGAGUCAGAAAUGCUCUUCACACGGAACUGCCAUACCUAAUCUUGACAGAAUUUCCAUCUAAUCAAGAGAAUGAAUCAUCCAUUGCAAAUACUUCUGAGGCUGGAUGUACUGACAAAGCAGUUUCAGAAGAGCAUAUGGCACGAUGGAGGUCUCUGUUUGUCCAGAUGGACAGAGCACUUCAGGAGGAAGGGAAACAACUGGAGAAGCGGUUGAAGCAAGUGCAAGAAAUGCAAUUGAAUUGUGAUAAAGGCCUCAAACACAUGACCUGUGAAUCUCCUCUGCUAGGACCUAUGGCUGAACUAUGGAAGCUGAAGAACCCAGAUAUUUCUGAGAGCGAGUGGGCGGUGCAAGCCGCUGCCGCAUCAAUCUACUCGACCUGCAACAUGGUCAUGAGAGCGGAGAACAACGUGCCUUGCUUCUGA